UGGUUUACAGUACGAGCGUGUUUCUUGAGUUAUUAUAUCCUCACCGUAAAUAAUUUGAGAGAGGUCAAGAUUUUAAAUUAAGAUACUUUGGAACAGACAAAUUUCGUAAUUUUAAUCUUUUUUGUGCGAAACUAACGAAGACAAAUUAGGUACCAGCACGAAAGCUACUUAACGGAACGCUCAUCUUAGGUGCCAUGUGAAAAUAACGAAUAUUUCAUUCAAAAUACGUUCCACUUCCGGUUUUUCAGAAUUUCGUACUCUCCCUCUCUUGAAUAUCGCUGUGAUCUCUUCAUAAACUUAAUUAACACUUCUCUUAGCCUCGCGACCUGUUAUGGGAGUAGCGGAAAGAAUAAGAAUGUGGGCUCCGAUUUCUACGAGUCCCGACUCAAAGAAAACCCCCUCAGCCAGGUCAAAACACAGCGCAACUCUUCUUGGCGGUCACGUGUAUUUACUAGGGGGUCGAAACGGAAAUUUACCACUCAAAGAUUUAUGGAGGUACAGCAUAGCUGAGAAUAAAUGGGAAGUGCUGCAGCCCAGUGGGGACAAGCCGCCAUGUCUUCAGGAGCACUCGGCCGUUGUUUACAAAGACUGCAUUUAUGUUUUCGGCGGAGAACUGGGAUUUUCGGCUUGCAACGAAACCCCUUUGUGGGUCUAUAACGUCAAGAGUAAUACUUGGCGGAAAAUAAAAGUACAAAAAGGCACAAAUGUACCCAAAGGAAGACGCGGGCAUAGUGCACUGGUCCAUCGCGGAUCUAUGCUGUUGUAUGGUGGAUAUAGGGAUCUUAGAGGCUCGUCCAGUGAACUGUGGGCCUUUCAUUUCGAAACUGAGUCGUGGCACCUAUUAGCGAUGAACAAAGAUGGUCCUCCUGCAAGACAUAAACACUCGGCUGUGAUCCAUGACGAGGCUAUGUGGAUUUACGGUGGAAUGACGGAUCUGCACGAAAGAGGAGACCUUUGGAGGUUUGAUCUAGUAUGUAAGAGAUGGAGCUUAGUAAAAUGCAAAAUUAAUCCGGGAGCUCUUCAUAGUCACUCUGUUUGUAAAUUGCCAAGUUCAAUGGUCAUUUUUGGCGGAGAACAUGCUGGCCAACUUUGCAACGAAUUAUGGAGGUUUCACUUCGGUAGCGAAACGUGGGAAAAGGUGACGACAGACGGGAACCGUCCGCAGCCGCGCUCCGAGUGCGUGGCCCUGCCCGUCUCGGAGCUCCUCCUGCAGGACUACAACAACCCCCGGACGAGUCCUCCGGCGGCGGCGCCCCCGCGGCGGUGUCGCGGGAGCGGCACCGAGCGGAUCAUCUCCUUCUGCGACCGGGACUCGGACGACGACGGCCUGGCCCCGCGCAAGCCGCCCGCCUCCACGCCGACCAUGAACCUCAACAUCCUCAAGGAGAUCACCAAGCUCUCGCAGAUCAACCUCUCCCGCUUCAAGAACCAGCAGACCAAGAACUGCCACUACAGCGUCCUCUCCAGCAACGAGAGCCUCAACUCCAGCGACUCGGAGCCCUCCCGCCACGAGAUGAGCUUCCGCGAGAUGGUCAAGUCCCAGAGCGCCAACAUCAUCGCCCGCUCCCUCAUCUCGCCCCAAGUCCCACAGCCCUUGAUCAACUUCAGCUCCCUGUCCCGUGACCCGUGCUCGGUGCCGAACUUCAAGUCGCUGGCGGCCUGCACGCUGACCCCGGUGGAGGCGACGAAGCUGGUCUACCUGGACGACGAGCAGGCCCCCUCGAGCCUGGUGCAGAGCCCCAAGAUCGAGGACUUCUCCAUCAUCCACCAGAAGUUCCAGCCGAACCGACUCAACCGCCGCAGCUUCCCGACCUCCGCCUCCGCCCGCUUCGGCAACCCGUACGUCACGCCCGAGGAAUCCUCCGACCAAACCUCCGACUACGCCAGCAUCGAGACCAUGAAUCGCCUCAGCUUCCAGGAGACGAAGCGGACGCCGCUGAGCUUCGCGAACCCCAACUACCUGGGCCCGGACGUGCAGACGAUGAUCUCGCGGCGGAGCUGCGUGAAGGUGCUCAACUCGCCGCCGGACAGCCUCCUGGAGGACAACCUGGGUCGGAGCAACUCCCGCCAGGAGAUGGUCGAGAUGAAGCCCAUCCCUCCGCGCUCCCUCUCCCUGGUGAACAGCCACUCGAGCCAGAUGGCCAAGGACCGGGACCGCCUCCAGAGCGCCAAGAAGAGCCGCGCCUACAGCGCCGGCCGCUACGACCGCGAGACCGCCUUCUCCAUCUUCCUCGUCGGCGGCAAGGAGCAGGGCCAGGUCACCGUCUUCAAGCGGCCCAUCUCCAUCUGGAAGCUCAGCCUCUCCAGGAGGAUCUACUAGAAUCCAUCCAGGAGGAUCUACUAGAAUCCCUCCACGAGGAUCUACUAGAAUCCCUCCACGAGGAUCUACUAGAAUCCCUCCACGAGAUAACA